ACAGGAGCACAGUGUACGAGCCAACAUCCUUUUUCACACUUUAUUUGUGGUUUAUGUGAUAGUCACGCUAUUGUGUUUUUUUUUCUGCUUAUAUAUAAGUUAUAGGCAUCAACUCUCAGCAACUGGUCGUCCAUAUAUAUUUACAGGCCGAAUAUCUGCGUACCAUCAAGUUAUAAUAUCUGGUUUUCAAUGAUUAUGUGGAGCUGCUGUUCAGUUAUUCAGCUUCACUGCCAUCAGAUAUUCUUGUGUGAACUUCCCCAAUGGCUUUGCAUCCAUUCACAAUGACCCCCAGAGGGUUUGAGCUCACUAAUUACACCACUGCCAAUACGACGUCUACCUUAUCACCCGACAUACUGGAGAUGAUAACGAGCAAGACUCUCACAGUUGCCCUCCCUAUUAUAUAUUUGGUAGUCUUCAUCAUCAGCAUACCCUUGAACACCAUUUCCCUUUGGCUGCUUUGCUGCCACACGGAAUGCAACAAUCCAACAAUAAUAUAUGCAAUCAACCUAUCUCUGACCGACCUCCUGUACAGCGCAUUUCUUCCCUUUCAAAUUAUCUACCACUUGAACGGCAAUGAUUGGCCCUUUGGAGAUAUCGUGUGCAGGAUAUCCAUAGUCGCAUUCUAUGGAAACAUGUACUGUUCAGUUUUGACCACAUGCGCUAUAAGUUUGGAGCGCUACUGGGGGAUUGUACGACCGCUGCAAACGAAGCACUGGAGAACUUCGAAAGUUGCUGUUAUUGCCUGCAUUUCCAUUUGGCUUGUCGUGCUCAUCGCCCAUGUGCUAGUGUUGUACAAAGAUUUUACAUUUAGCAUUAAAGAUCUCAACAUCACCACAUGCUUUGACAUCUUUCCUAAAAAUCUAUUCAAGCCAAAAGUAACAGGAUAUCUGUAUUUCGCUGUACCGCUUAUUUUCUUCUUAAUUAUUCCCCUAGUUGUCAUUAUUGUCUGUUACACUUCCAUCAUUAAAACUCUGAAAGAUUCCCCAAACACGGAGACACAAGACAGCAAGAAGCAAACAAUGUACCUGAUAUUGGUUGUGGUGCUUUGUUUCAUUGUCUGUUACCUACCCAACAUCUUGCUUCAAAUUCUUCACAUGAUUUAUAAGUCCAGAGGCAAAAGUUUGUAUGUUUAUUACAAGUUAUGCCUCGGCAUCAACAGCCUGAACUGCUGCUUUGAUCCAUUUGUAUAUUACUUUGCUUCCAAGGAUUUUAGACGCAAACUUCAGAAAAAACUAUGCUGCUGUAUGCCUGAUGCUCAUGAUGAACCAACUACAUCCAAUCUGUCAGAACUAGCCAGGAUACCCAUAACAGGUCCUGAACUUCUCAGUACAGAUACUUGUUAGAAGAUUAUUUGUAACAGAUGCCGGACAAUAAUACUAUAUAUGAACAAACAAAUCACCUUACAAUGGCAAUGGACAUACAAAGAGGGUGUCAAUUAUGAACUGUAUUAAGAACACAAUAACUAUAACAAUCAAUCAUUUUAUGAAUGGAAAAUGUAAAGUGCCCUGGAAAAAAGUGUUGGACCACUUCUACUGGUUUUGCUUGGUGGGACUAUUGUUGCUCAGUCUUCCCCACUCAGAACACCUGCGUACUAAAUAUAUUGGUAUCAUUAAAGAGAUAAUUGUCCACUCAUCAAAUAUUUGCAAAUGUUUAAAAUUAGCACUGUAUAAAAUAAAUAUUGUUUCCCCAGUCCUGAGAAAGCUUAACAAUUCUUUAAGGUUAACAAUUCCAAUGCUAGAUGUUACCCAUUUCCUGUCUAACUUGCAUUUUCUCAUUAUCUGGGGAACCUGCACUUUACCUAUGUUGGAGAAAUGUUUUCCUUUACCUGGAUAGCAUGCACUUUACCAUGACCUGAAUAACAUGCUAUUUUGCAUUAUUCAAGUAAUCUGCACAUUCCCUAAUGUGGAGAAGCAUUUCCCUUUAUAUGGAUAUCCUGCACUUUCCCAUUAAGCAAUUAACCUGCACUUUCCCGAUGCUAGACAAACGGUUUCCAUGACCUGGUUCUCCUGUGCUUUGCCACGAUCCUAAUAACCUGCACAUUCCCUAUGCUGGAGAAUAAGAAUAUAUAAGAAUACAAAUUCACUGUGUAUAUUAACAUGUAUAGCUUUUGAGUCAGUUAUCAUUGCAGAAACCCAUUUAUGAGGCAUAAUGAUGACAAAUACCCCAACCAGUCAUUCUGCAUUGGUAGUAAAUGGAUAAAAAAUGGGUGGCCUCAGCUUCUGUUGGAUGCCUUGUUUAUUAAAGUCUUUUGCCUAUUUUUGAAGAGGGGACGAUUAUAUAUUCAGAGAUAGCAAGAUAUUUAGCAAACAAGUGGCCCAAGUGGUAAAACAGGAACAAGCAUCAUAAACAACCAGGGGGAUGCCCAACACUUUUUUUUCAGAACAAUUAAUGUAUCAUUGCAAACCAGUCUGAAUGCAACCUGGACAUUGAGCCCCCAAAGAAAAUGCAAGCUUCUUACUCUUCCAUGAAGCGUCUCGCACCUUAGCCUGGACCCACUGGGGUUAUUGUGCUAUUGUAACUCGUUUAUGUUUAUGUUGUAUUAUUGCUGGUAUUAAGAUUGUAAUUUGUACUGUCAACUGAAAUCAAUGCAGAAUGUGUCAAUGCUAUUUUCCACUGUUUGUUUUUCCUAUACACAAUGUGAACUGUUACUGCAGAAUCCUAAUGUUCAUUAUACAUGUUCUACUAAGAACCUUAUAUUUUGUCUUUAUGGUUUUAAUAAAUCUGCUUUUAACUACACAUUUGCUGUAUAUAAUCACUCUUUCUUACAAAUCUAUGAAUAAAUUACUCAUUGUAUUUAU